ACUUGUUUUAAUUUAUAUUUUCAUAGCAAGCCGCGUGAAUGUUAACCUUACUAUUCAACGAAUAUUUACGUUUAGUAGGAUAGUUUUCCACUGGGAAUUAAUUGUUAUUUAGUAACAAUGACAAGCAGUUUGGACCAAUUCGUCAACCAUACAGUUUCCAUCAUCACAUCUGAUGGCAGAAAUUUUAUUGGAACUCUGAAAGGUUUUGACCAGACAAUCAACAUCAUCAUUGAUGAAUCUCAUGAAAGAGUCUAUUCCUCAGCCACUGGUGUGGAGCAAGUCAUGCUUGGUCUGCACAUUAUCCGCGGUGACAAUGUUGCAAUUGUGGGGCUGAUUGAUGAAGAUGUAGACAACAGGCUGAAUCUUGCAAGCAUAAAAGCAGAACCAUUGAAUGCCAUCACACAUUAAUUAAAUUAGAAUAAUUAAUUAUAAUUAUUGAAUAUAUGAGAAUGUAUUUUUGUUUUGUACUUUGAAUCAGGAGAAUGUGAGAAAACUGA